AUGAUUCAAGUUAAACGAUAUUUAAAUAACAGCGACCUCUCUCAGGAAGAAACCAAGAAAUUAAAAACAAUAUAUAAUGAAAGAAAAGUAAUUAAUUCUUUCGAAAAUUUAUCAAAUGAACUUUUAUAUGAAAUAUUCGAUUAUCUUGAUGCUUGUGAAUUAUAUAAAGCAUUUUCAAAUCUUAAUAGUCGUUUUCGUUCUCUACUCACUUCUUCAUUUCUUCGAUUGAAAAUUGAUCUUUCUUUUCUUCCAGAACCUAUACUACAAUAUCGUUCUAAUUGCAUUGUUGCUCCGAACAAACAUCGAAUCUUUUCACUUAUUUUGGCUAAUUUUUAUCUUUUUAAUUCAACUUUUAUACCAUUUAAUAUUGAUUCAUCAUUUAGUCGGCUUGAAUCAUUAGUUUUACAUAAUAUGAAAGCCAAUGAACUCGAAUUACUUCUCAUAAAUUUAAUCUCCUUGCCUCGUCUAUUCUCAUUGACUAUCUAUUAUGAUGAUGAUCUCAAUAUGAUUAGCAAUAUAUACCAAAUAAUUUUCGAUUUACCCAUGUUAAACUACUUUAAAUUGUCAUUUUCCUCGAUUGAAUCAUUUAUUCCUUUAUCAAUAGCUAGUAACAAGCAAUUAAGUAGUAUUAAAUAUUUAGUUAUUGAUCAUUGUUGUAGCCUCAAUGAAUUAAUUGCUAUACUUUCAUAUACACCCCAACUAUGUCGUCUAACUUGUCAACAAGUGAAUGAAUCAAACGAAAAUAUUGUUAAAGAUACACUUCAUAUGAUAUACAGUUUGACUCGUAUUUCCAUUACAAAGUGUUAUGCAGAAUUUGAUGAAUUAGAAAUGUUUCUCACCAUGAUAUCACCUCAAUUAGAAGUAUUACGCAUCAAUACUUUCAAUGAUGUGACCUAUUUAGAUGCUGAUCGAUGGCAACGAAUUAUUUCACAAUUCUUACUUCAUUUAGAUCUAUUUCAAUUUCAAUACAAAGAACUUAUUGAUGAAGAUUUCAAACUAACUGCUUAUCAUGAAUUAAUUAAUCAUUUCAAUUCAUCAUUUUGGAUAAAACGAAAAUGGUUCUUUACGAUUUCUAUUGAAACAGAUUGUUGGGAUGAUAAUGUUAUUAUUCAAGGCCACUUUCAAGAAUACAAGAAAAACGAUGAUUCUAUUAUACUAAACGUUACUGAUCUCUCUAGUACUACUGACAAUGAUGAGCCAUUUAUUGAUAUGAUUAGUCCGAUUUUAGCUAUAUUACCGAUUACUUGUUUAAAUAUUACACUCAAUGAAAUUUUCAUUGGUACAUUAAUUGACUUGAUCAAAUAUUUACCUAAUCUUGAUUCAUUAAUAAUACCAUCUUUAGCAAUGAUACAACCAAGAUAUUUAUCUGUUGAAGAAACAAGAAUCUUUCGUUUGUUAUCAAAUAACAACAAAAUCACUAAAGUCAAUCUUAAGCAAAUGAAUGACUUGGAACAAGGUCAAUUUCUUCUUGAUCUUUGUCCUCGCAUGGAAUAUUUCGAGGUGGAUUGUACAAAUGACCUCUUACCGAAAAAGUUUCUACGAUUUAUUUUAAUGAAAAACUUCAAAUAUAUUGCCAAUUUGUCUUUAUUAUGUCUUAAAGUGUCACAAACGAAUAUUGAUAUCAUGAAGAAAUUAAAAAAUAUAAUUGAAUUUGAACAAUUGUGUCAGAAAUAUACACUCAAACAAAUAGACAAUAGAAUUUAUUUACGAUUGAACUGA